CUUCUCCCCCGUAUCAUUUCGACACCUUUUUUUUCUCUUAAAACACGCAAAUUCCCAUAAAGGAAAAAUCAAGAAAAUACAGAGCACUCGCUCUAAGAAGAAAUGGAUUCUGGGACGCCUUCUUCCUUCACGCCGGAAUCUCCGCCGUCGUGGGAUUCCCGGAGCUCCGAGAAGUCCCUGCCCUUCGACCUCAACGACUCCGACCAAAUGUUACUCUUGGGGGUGCUAGCAGAGCAGGCCGCAGCGGAUCAAGACGACUCCAACUCCCCGGAGAAUGAAACGGCCCCGCGGUCGUUCCGCGGGGUCCGGCGGCGGCCGUGGGGGAAAUUCGCGGCGGAGAUAAGGGACUCGACCCGGAACGGGGCUCGGGUCUGGCUCGGGACGUUCGACAGUGCAGAGGCGGCUGCGCUGGCGUAUGACCAAGCGGCUUUUGCCAUGCGCGGGGCGGCGGCGACGCUGAACUUCCCGGUGGAGAGGGUCCGGCAAUCCCUGGAGGAGAUGAGGUGGCAGACGGAGGAGGGGUGCUCGCCGGUGGUGGCGCUCAAGAGGAAACACUCGAUGAGGAAGAGGAGGAGGAACAGUAAAACCGAAGAUGUGGUUGUGUUUGAAGAUUUGGGCUCUGAUUACUUGGAACAACUUUUGAUGAUUUCAUCAACUUAAUGAGAUGAUGAUUUCAUGCCCUUAAUCCAAUAAUUUUUGUUAUUGGAUGAUCCCUAAAAGUUAAAAUGGUAUGAAGUAUUUCUAAAAACCUUCUCUCUUUUGAUUCUUUUUAGUCAAAUAUUGAUAAUUUUUUAUAAUAAAUUAUAAAAAAAAGUAUAUCUAGUUAUAGUAUAAAUUCAGAAUUUUCAUAUAUCAAAUUUUGUAUCAUUUAGUGAUUCAGAUUACGUUUAAUUCGUGGUCAAAUAGUGUCACUGUUGGAUUAAAAAAGUCAAAAUGGG